AGCACCCCGCCUAUGCAGCCCUCUCACGCUGAGCUGACUCCAUGUCGGCCUCCAUUGUCGUGCAACAGGAUCGCUUUUCUGCGUACGCGUGACAGACGACACCGAAAAGGAAAACCCCGGCGAUGGUAUCGAAACCGCUGCUGAUGGUGCUGCUGCUGUUGGUAGCUCUGGUCACAGUAACACGUCCGGUGUUGGGCCAAGUGAUUGACAUCGGCAGUUGUCCGGCGGUCAAGGUGCAGGAGAAGCUGGAUCCAAACAAGUUUUCAGGCAAGUGGUUCGAGAUCGAGCGCACCUUUGCCAGGCGAAGCAAUCAGCGGCUGCACUGCGUCAGCGUCGAGUACUACUACGACGGCCAGGGCAAGUUCUCUGCAGUCAACAGCGCGGUGCUGCCCAACGGGCACACCAACCGAGUCCUGGGCGAGCUUACGAUCCUCAACCAUACAGAACCAUCCAAGAUGUCGAUGAAAUUUUACGCUAGAAAUCCGGAGCAGCGCCCUUUUUGGAUCCUUUACACGGACUACGACAAGUGCGCCAUCGUGUACCGCUGUCGCCGCUCUCUAUGGCUGCACACUAUGUACGUUUGGAUCCUCUGCCGAAACCACACCGUGACGGAGCCUUACCUCGCAAACCUGCGUGGUUACGUCCAGCAGUGGACCGGCAUUCCACCACGCCUGUUCAGCAAGACACCUUGCAAGUAGCCACUGCUUCGGUAGAGUGUGCCGUAGCUUUGGCUACCAGUCUGUCGUCAACACCCACCAGCAUGAAGUUCUGGGUCCCGCAGUCGGACAUGCAGGCUCCACCACCGCACAGUCAAAUAAAACGACAACAGACCAGU